AUGGCGGAGCCGUAUGUCGACCCGAAAACGUUCCAAUUGAUGUGGUACCAGCUGACCAAGCAAGGAUGGAGUUUCCGGAAGUCCGUCGGCCUUAGCAACGACCAGCGUUACGUUCCACCGGAUGGGAAUGUGAAGGGAACUGAAGGCGUCGACGUCUUCGUCGCGAGAGGCGGCCCGUGCUCGUGA